CCAACAGCCCAUAUUUACUCAAACUGUCCAGUCAACCCUGCCUUGAAAUAAUAACUACACAUCAGAUGACAUGGUCAUCUCCCCGCCCCCCCGCCCCCCCGUCCCUCUGAACUAAAGCUUCACUCCCCCUUUCUCUUUUCAGCUCCUUCCCUUUUCUUUUUUUUAAAAAAAGAAUAAGAAAAAUCGUCUCUAGUCUAGGGUUUUCUCAGCUUGAUUUUGAUGUUAUUCUAUCUAUAGAAACUUCCUGUGAUGGAGGUUUGAGAGGACAUUUUGGUAAUUAGUAACCGCUGAGAGGCGUUGUUGAUGGUUUUGAGGAAGGAGAGUUAGGGUUUUGAGAGAUGGAUGACUCUUCAUGGAAGGUUAAAUGUAGCUCUGCUACACUGCAGCAGCCUUUAAUGGCUACUCCUUCUUCAACAACGCCUCAAGAAGCUCGAAAUCAGCUGGAGGUGAACUCGGGUCAAUAUUUUUAUCCUCAUGCUGGACAUGAUUUGAGAUCACAAGGUCGUGGAAGGAUGCCGGAUUCCAUGGUUUCCAAUAAUCCCAAUUUAAGUUCCUAUUCGGGCAAUUGUGACCUUGGAAAUUCAUUUCUGGCUCUCCUAUCUGGCCCAGCAUCAUUUUCCCCGUGUGAUUUCCAUGAAUUACCAAAUCCUAAACAAUUUAGUGCCUCUAGUAGAGUUCCUUCUGAAGACACUGGUUCAUUGUUUAAUGCUUUUGGAAGUCGGGCUCCAUUGAUGUCAAGUAGGAUACCAUCAGAAAAUUCAAGCAAUCAAAACCAGAGAAAUGGAGCAAAUCCAGUUGUUUCAUCCAAGUGUGCAUCUACUUCCAAUUCUGUUCUGCAACAUUGUCUCCAGGGUGCAAACUUUGCUAUGCAUAGUUCAGACCUGGCUAAGGCAGUCAUCCAUUAUAAGGUUUCUGAUAAUGAGAAGGUAAAAGAUUUCUCUUCUCUGAGAGGGGAAUGGCGGAGUACUAACCCUGCAAAUGCUGUAAAGCUCCCAGAUACAAACUGUCAAAUGCCAGGAAAAUUAGCAUUAGAACCAGAGCUUUCUGUUUCUAAGAAUUCAUCUGCUCUUUCUAACCAGUACCCUCGUGUAUUUUGUUUGGGUAAAAGUGGAGAGCUACUUCUGAGCAGUACAGGACUCCUAGGCAUUCUUUGCUCAUGUCAUUGCUUCCACAUGUCUGUAUCCAAGUUUUGUGAGCAUUCAGGAUUAUGGAAUGUUAACCCUGGAGUUGCUGUUCAUAUGGAGAAUGGAGAGACCGUUGCUCAGUGGCGUAAGCUCUACUUCCAGAAAUUUGGGAUCAGGGUUCCAGAAGAUCAGAGUGGGUGGGACUGGCCUGAAGGAUUACCCUUGACUGCUAGUUUGGUGCAAUCCAGUGUGCCUCUUCCUCUGUCCAAGCAUUCUGACUGCAAUCAUCUGGUUGGGUCUUCUGAAGGUUUAGUGAGGUCUGGACAGCCUAUCGACAGUGUUGUUUUUCCAAAGAAUCCCCUUACAGACCAUAACUUAAACCAGAAUCCAGUUUUUGAUGUUUUAGACAAACAGAAGAGAAAUGGUCAAGGUGGUAACAAUUUUCUUGGGUUGGCUGGCACCUUGCUCAGCAAUUUACAUGGUGUGGGGAAUAACACACUACAUGGUGUGACAGAUAGCACUAUCUCUAGGUGUACAAUUAUGCCUACUUUUGUUGGCAAAGGACCUGAGAAUGGUAGCCAGUCCAUAUCUGCAUAUAUUGACAAUAUUGUGAAGAGUGGUAGUUUUUCAACCACCAAUUCUGCGCUGCAAAAUGCAAGAACUCUUUUUAGAUGUUCUGAUGUCAGCAGAGCUAAAGAUGAAAAGCAUUGUGUAAUUAUAGACAAGGAUGCUGCUUCUUCAAGCAUAGAGUUGAGGCUUGGGCAACCAAAUGAGCAGAAUUGGUCUUCAGGAAAUCCAGUUCUAUCAGCAGUUGGGCCACCAUCAUGCAACUCUCUUGUGAAUUCACAUAAGCCAAGUACCAGAGAGCAGAUGAUUCAUUAUGUGACCAGUUGUGGGGGAGAUGGGGAAUCCAGACAAGGUCUUCCUCAUGUAGCUGGCCUGUUAAAUUCUGCAAGGGAACAAGACCAGUUGAACUAUGGACGCAGUGCAAUCAAGAAUACGAUUAAUGUUGGCAAAAUAGAAAAUUUUAAAGGCCAGUUGGCUAAGAGCACAGUGUUUUUACCAUUUAAACACUUUAAUAGUCCACUGGAGGGUAACUCAUACUCCAGAUCUACUAGUAAUGUUGUCAAUAGCACUGAGCAUAUUGUGCAUGAAACAUUACAUAGCGAAUCUCAUGCUGUCAAGUACCCAGGCAAUGUCCCCUUGAAUGGUGGAAAUGGUUUAGAAAGGCAAAGGACUGACCCUGAGUUUGGUUUCUCCAGACCUAGAGACAAGGGUAAAGGCGUGGGGUGUCUUACUGGUAACUCUUUUGAUGAAUCAAAUUUGGUGUCUAAAAUGCAUAAUUGGAAGAAAAAUCCAAGCUCUUUUUCAGAAGUCAUAAAUGGAAACAUUUGUGCUGCUUUUCCCAUGAUGCAUGAAAAGAAUCACUUUCCAAAUCACUUGUCUAGCAUACCACUGGAAGCAUCUGAUGCUGGGAGCUUGUCUAACUAUCUUGAUAAGGUUCCUUCUUUUGGUACUGUUGAUCGUGUCUUCCCUGGAUCCUUGGGUUCGUCUAUGGGUUCUGGGCAAAGUUUUCCAUCACAAGCAGUUCCAUUGGGUUCAGGGCUGACUCCGGCCAUGUUGAAACAAGAUGGAAUUAGUGCAAGCCCUUAUUUACUUGAUGAUAAUCUAAGAUUGCUUGCAUUUAGGCAGAUAUUGGAAUUAUCGAAGCAGCAACAUGAGAUGUCUCCCCAUGGAAAGAAUCCAGAACAAGAUAGAUGUGUCAAACUACAGCAUUCUCUGUUUGAACCAGCAGCAUCUGGAUUAAAUCGACACGAGACUACUUUUAUUAGUAAACAGAAUGUUUCAGAAGUUUCCAUGAAAUCAACCCAAUCUACUCCUACUGUUAAGAUGGGUGAUGAUGUUGCUAAAUUUGCUCAUGUGACAGGUUUGAGCAACUGGUGCAAUUUCUCAACAUUGACACAAGGAAGGCCAUUUUAUAGUCAAGAAAAUGACAAGCAUUGUCAACUUUCUCAUGGUCAUCUUCAAAAUGAACAGCCCUCAUUGAGACUUGGCAGGAAUGAACACAACAUCACUGAUUCAAAUGAGCCUGAAAGCUGCUGUCAGAUAAAGCAAUAUUUUCAAACUUACUGCAGAUGUGCAGCACAUACGAAAUGUUUAGGAGGGAAAUGUGGAGGUGGUAAUCAUCCUAAUUCCUUCAGAGAACCUAUGCGAGGUGUUGGUGGAAAAAUCCCUGCUUUGAUGGCUUCACAAAUUGCUAAAGAUAACAUCAUUCCACGUGAAAAUACUAUUUCCUUAGAUCACUGUGGAAAAUUGAAGGGGCAAGCACCUAAGAAUAUCAGUUGCACCUCUCAGUGGAAAGAUGUGCCAAGCAAGAAAAACAAUGUCUGCCAGGGGGCUCGUGUAGACCAAUCAGCUGGCAACUUGGACAGACGACAACAUGAAUCAGGUCAUCUUGGAGACACAGCUGCUAAGUGUUCCAGUGGAGCAGUGCACGUGGUUGACUCCUUCAGAGAGCAAGAAAUAUCUAAUAUAUCUUCUGGAUGUUCUACCCCUGCUGUUACUCAGGCAUCAAAUGAGGUUAACAAAGUGGAUUCUUCAAUGGCUGUUACUGGAAUUGCUAGCUGCAUGAAACAUCUUAUAGUUGAUGAAGGAUCAGGCAUUGAUAAAUGCUGGUCAUCAGACGAUGCUGUUGAAAGUGACAGAAGUGCUGGCUUCUGUGGCUCUACUUGUAAGACAAGACUGUGGAAAGAUGGAUCUUCAAAAGUCAUUAACAAUCAAUCAUCUCGAAGUCUUCUUGAUGAGGUUAAGCUCAUGGAUUCCUUGACAUGGAAGAGAGGCCGAAAUCAAAUCCAGGCUGAGGUUACUGUUCUUGAGAAAACCAAUCAUCCUCCUGAACCUGAAAGGGGCUUUAAAACUGCAAAGAGGAAGAGAGAAACAAAACCAGAGAUGCUGGAUGCAUCACGAGGCACCGCUGGUCAUGCAGUGCAGGAUAAAUAUCCUGAGUGUGAUGAAACUGCCAAUCAGCGCUGUUUAUCCAAAGAUGCCCACAUUGUUUCAUCUGGCCUAGAAAUGCCUUACACUUCUCGUGUAUCCUCUAUAAAACCUAAUUCCAAUGGAAAGUCUAUAACGUCCCUGUCCAAACCACUUUCUCGUAAGAGAGAUUUACAAGAACUUUAUAAUGGAAGGGACGGAGAGGAUGAGGAUGGGGAAGAAUUAAAUGAUAAUGCUUCUUCAUGUAAAAUCAUUGAGGUUUCAGGCAGAAAGAAAUUCAGAAAGAGCAGGACUUCUGAUGGUUGCGCACAAUCUCAGACACUAGAGCCAACUUGUGCUGUUGGUGAAAAAACUAUGAGGUGUGCUCCAGUGAGUCAUCUGAAGGUGUCUUUGAGUCAACAGUCGAGUGUUUGUUACAGGAAGCCAAGGCCAGUGGUGUGUGGGAAGUAUGGUGAGAUAUCUAAUGGAGAAAUGGUUGGAGAUCUACCAAAACCAGCCAAAAUUGUUUCUCUUGAUACGAUACUUGGAACUGCGAAAAAAUGCACACCUCCCAAAAACAAAAAACCUACAAUAACUUCUGUGAGGGAGUUGAAGAAGACAGGCUUUGGUUCGACUAAUGCAUGCAGAUCCUCCCAUAUGAAGAAAGAAAGUGAAGGCAAUGAUGCUUCAGGUUUUGACGAGAUGAUAUUUUGCAAUUCUGUCAAAGAGAGGGAGACUGCAUCUGUUGGACAGGACAAGCAUUUUGCUGAUGAGUUGUUGGUGUUGAAAGAGGGAAACAGCAAAACUGAGGGAGGUUGUGGUAUUUUAGGCAGUAGUGCUCACACUCAGUCAAAGCCAAAGUUCAAGGAAAUUCGUAGACGCAGCCUUAACGAGCUUACUUUGAAAGGAAUGAGUUCCUGUUCUGUGAAGAUUUCACAUAAGAACAUUUUGAAAUGUGGACAAAACAUGAAAGAUGGGAAAAUUAUAAAGAGUUCUGAAGAUUCUAAUUGUCGCACACAUGAAUCAGGCGAAGUCAAUGCCAAAAGAAAUAUUCUAGAGCGAGAGCACUUGUCUGCUACGGAUUCAGAUUCAUUUUGCUGUGUCUGUGGAAGCUCAAAUAAAGAUGAAGUUAAUUGCUUACUAGAGUGUGGUCAAUGUCUAAUCAAAGUACACCAGGCUUGCUAUGGCAUUUCCAGAGUGCCUAAAGGUCACUGGUAUUGCAGACCUUGCCGAACUGGUGCAAAAAAUACUGUUUGUGUUCUUUGUGGUUAUGGAGGUGGGGCCUUGACCCAGGCACUUCGGAGUCAUGCAAUAGCGAAAAGCCUUUUGAAAGCUUGGAGCUUUGAAACAGAAAGCAGGCCUAAGAAUUCAGAUUCUUCUGCCGUAACAUUACAGGAUGAAUUUAGCAAGUUGCACGCCUCGGGAUUUGUGCAUGGAAAUAACUCUUAUCCAGUUUUAAGACCUGAAAAUAUCGAGUCAUCCACUCCAUCUGUUUGGAGUAUUGAUAUGCAGAAGCAAUUGAAUAAUUUACGGAAUUCCUUGUCUUGUGUUGGUAAUCUGAAGGUACAUAACAGCAUUACAGCUGGAGUACUUGAUUCCACUGUUAAGCAGUGGGUUCACAUGGUUUGUGGCCUUUGGACUCCUGGGACACGAUGCCCAAAUGUUGAUACCAUGAGUGCUUUUGACGUGUCAGGUGCUUCACACCCUAGAGCAAACACGGUUUGCUCCAUGUGUAAUAGACCUGGUGGCUCAUGCAUACAAUGCAGGGUUGCGAACUGCUCUGUUCAAUUUCAUCCUUGGUGUGCUCAUCAGAAGGGCCUGUUGCAAAGUGAGGUUGAAGGUGUAGACAAUGAAAAUGUUGGCUUUUAUGGGAGAUGUGCACUUCAUGCCAGGUACGCAGCAGAUGAAUGUGCAUGUGAUGCUUCCAACAAUAAAACAGGUUGUGUCGGAGAAAAGGAAGAGAGUUGUGCUAGGACUGAGGGCUACAAGGGACGGAAACGAGAUGGCUUUUGGCAUAAUCUUCAUGGCCAAUCAAGAGGGAAGGGUGGAUGCCUUGUUCCCCAGGAGCAGCUUAAUGCUUGGAUGCACAUUAAUGGACAGAAGUCAUGCACUGGGCUUUCUAAGUUGCCAAUGUCAGAUGUGGAGCAUGAUUGUCGGAAAGAAUAUGCUCGUUAUAAACAAGCUAAGGGUUGGAAAUAUUUGAUUGUUUAUAAGUCUGGCAUUCAUGCCCUUGGACUUUACACAUCCAGAUUCAUCUAUCGCGGUGCAAUGGUGGUGGAGUAUGUGGGUGAGAUUGUUGGGCAACGUGUGGCUGAUAAAAGAGAGUACGAGUAUGGAAGAAAGCUGCAAUACAAGAGUGCUUGCUACUUCUUCAGGAUUGACAAAGAGCAUAUUAUUGAUGCAACACGUAAAGGGGGCAUUGCUCGUUUUGUCAACCAUUCUUGUCUGCCAAAUUGUGUCGCCAAAGUGAUUUCUGUGAGGAAUGAAAAGAAGGUGGUUUUUUUCGCUGAGAGAGAUAUAUAUCCAGGAGAAGAGAUAACAUAUGACUACCAUUUUAACAAUGAAGAUGAAGGUAAGAAGAUCCCUUGUUUUUGCAAUUCAAAAAACUGCAGACGAUAUUUGAAUUGAUAAUCAAUUCUUCUUGUAAAUACUACAUUUUUCUAACCCCCUCAAUCAAGCCAGUUGUUAAUAUCUA